AAUUUUUUUACUUUUUUAUGGUAGGCAAAUUGAAUGUAGAAAUGGCAGGUGGAGAUUAUCCUGAUGUCUCCAUGCUUAAGGAACUGGCCAGGGAGCAGCUGACCAUUCUCCUUGGCAAUUUCUAUGGAAAAAAGGACCUGGUCAUUGAUCCUGGCCUCAUGACGCCCCUUGACCGAUUGACUGGUGUACAGUUUCUUAAACACAAAGGCGUGGACAAGAUAUUUAAGUUGGAACACAAGGAAAUACUUGGUGGUUGUGACCAGAGGGUUUAUAUUGUGAGACCGCAAGUAAAGUCAAUGAGGAAUAUUGCAGCACAUAUUCAUUCUGACAAAAGAGCAGGAAAACUUCGAAAAUAUCGAAUUUUAAUGGUUCCACGUCGACUGCAUGUGUGUGAGAUGAUUCUUGAACAAGAAGGAGUUUAUGGAUCCGUACAAAUCGAAGAUCUGCACAUCGGACUCAUUCCCAUUGACUCGGAUAUUAUUUCUCUAGAAAACCCACAGCUGCUGGAUUCAUUUUUCAUGGAAGGUGACUACACAUGGCUUCACACUGUAGCUCGUACCAUUGUAAACCUGCAGUCCACAUUUGGUACUAUACCUAAUGUUUACGGACAAGGUCAUGCUGCUAAAAUUGUUGAAACUCUUGUUCAAACCCUCACUUCUGAGCUGGGAGAGAAAAAGUCUCCUCUCCAACAUAAGAUCGGGCACAUUGUGCUCCUUGAUAGAGAUGUGGAUUAUGUCACUCCACUAUGCUCACAGGUUACAUAUGAGGGACUUCUUGAUGACAUAUUUGAAAUAAAAUGUGGAGCUAUUGAAUUUGGACCUGAGGUUACUGGAACUGAGAAAGUUGCCAAGACAAUGCUUAAUUCUGAAGAUGCCAUAUUUAGCCAGAUAAGAAACAGGCAUUUUACUGGAGUGUUCAAAUACUUGAGUAGUAGGGCAAAAGAAAUCCAAGCAAACUAUGACAAGAGGCAUAACAUGGAGCUACAGGAAUUAAAAAACUUUGUGUCAGAGGAACUGAAGGGGUUGAAACAGGAGCACCGUUCAUUGACUCUCCAUAUUGGUGCAAGUGAAGUGAUCAUGAAACAUAAGACAAAGGGUUCGCUCAAGCGUGGAGAUCUUCAAGAUAUUCUUGGAGUCGAACACAAUCUUUUGGAAGGUUCAGAUUUUCGCCAGUGUGUUUCUUAUAUAGAAGAAUGCAUUCAUCGUCAGUAUGACAUGCUUUUAACUCUGCGACUCCUUUGCCUGCUCUCUUGUACCACUAGUGGCUUGUUGGCUAAAGAUUAUCAAAGCCUUAAACUGAAAUUUUUGCACAGCUAUGGUUUCGAACACAUGAUAACAUUUUUCAACUUGAAAAAGGCUGGACUUUUAACAGAAGCUGUCACUGGCAAAGAAGUUGCUCCAUCCUCCAUUGAAUCCAAUCUUAACAAGCUGGCUGACAGUAGAGGUGUUGGCUCUGCAGUCUCCUAUGUAACCAGUUCUCUUGCUGCCCUACAAAAGAAAGAUUGGUUCAGGACAGUCAGCAAGAAAUUGAGCCUCAUUCCUAAAGCAGGGGUGGAAUGUAACCUACAAAAUCCAAAUGACAUGUCAUAUGUAUUUGGAGGUGCUUAUACCCCUUUAACUUGCAGGUUAGUGGAACAAGCUAUCCAGCGUCAAGGUUGGGGAGGUCUUGAAGAUGUUUUGCGUCAUUUGCCGGGCACUAACUUUGAAAAAAUUGAAGCUCGUUCUGCCAAAGGGGGAAAAUCAACAGUUGGAAGUGCUGCAUCAAAAGUGGUGCUGGUUUACUUUAUUGGAGGUGUUACGUAUUCUGAAAUUGCUGCUCUCCGAUUUCUUGGCAGGCAAAAAGGGUAUAGAAUAAUCAUUGCAACCACUGCUAUUAUUAAUGGUAGCCGAAUGCUUCGUUCUUUUGUUGAGACAGUUAAAUAGACUUUAUUUUUAUUUAUAUCUGGUUUAAAAUAUUGGAAAUUGUGUAAGCAGUCGGAAAAAUGGUGUUUUAAUGAAACAUGAACUCAAACUCUAAUUGAGAUGUUGGUUCGAAGAUUGGCCAACAGUCAAUUUCUCAUUAUGUGCUGGGCCCAAGCUGCAGAUGCUGAAUUUGACUGUGACUCCAAUAUUGUUCUUUGGAUUACUGACUUUUGGUUGCGCUACACUAAUGUGUUUCACCUACUAACAAGCGGUUCUCUAUUUUUAUUUAUUGAUAUGUCGUAUGCAUGCACUUAUGGCCAUAAUAUACAUUAAAAAGCUCCAAUCAUG